GUAAAAGAGGAUGUUUGGCUUGUACCAAUUUGCAGUAUUAUAUCUUAUAGCCAUGUCUAUGGUUGCAGCCGAGAUCUCAUGCCGAAAUGAAGCUGGUGACCCCAUAGAUUGGUUUGUAGUUUAUAAAUUACCUAUGCUGAAAAUGAAUGGAAGUACUGGGUCAGGCCUGGAUUAUUUAUACAUGGAUUCCACAAAUCAGGAAUGGCAAAUCAGCAAAUUCCAAAUCAACACGACCAAAAGUGCUGUGGGGCAAGUACUGCAACAGUUAUACCAAGACUAUGACAAAAACAACACAGUUUACAUGAUUUAUAAUGAUGCACCUCCAAAUGUGACAAAUAGUACAAGAAAGGGACACACCAAAGGAAUUCUCUUCUUUGACAACUCCCAGGGAUUCUGGUUGAUUCACAGUGUGCCUCACUUCCCACCGUAUCCUGAGGAUGGUUAUGGGUAUCCAUCAACAGGAAAAAGAUUUGGACAAACAGCAAUAUGUGUUACCUACCAAUAUAAUGAAUUUAAAGAAAUAGCUACCCAGUUGCUUUAUUACAAUCCAAAUGUAUAUAACUGCUCGGUCCCUGACAUAUACCAAAAAGAAAUGUGGAUGCUGCAUAAAAUAUGUCUUGGAGGUCAUUUUCCCUGGAUAGAUUCUACACGCCUCACCCAACUGAAUUCUGCCCGAGGGGAAGUCUUUCUUAACUUUGCUAAAUCAAAGUACUUUAUUGAUGAUAUAUUUGCGGCAUGGAUAGCUCAGAAACUGAGGACAAACAUGUUGGUGGAAUCCUGGCAAUCGAGACAACAACUUUCAUCAAACUGCUCUCUUCAGUACCAUGUAUAUAAUAUAAACAGGAUUGGGCUACCAACACAGUCAACAUUUCAGACCUUUUAUGAUCACUCUAAAUGGUGUGUUUCCCAGUCUAAUGAAGAUUUAUGGACAUGUAUUGGAGACCUGAACCGACAUCCAGCACAAACCAGGAGAAGCGGUGGUUUUAUCUGUACCCAAAAUAAACAUAUCUACACAGCAUUUAGGAAUAUGGUACUGUAUUAUAAAAACUGCACAGAUACUGAAUAUAAAAUUUAAGGAAUACUGACUUUUUUCACACUGUCUUCCUUGAUGUAAAUGACCACUCAGAUGUUUCCUUCUUACACUGUGUUAAUGAAGGGCUUCUGGGAGUUGCAGUUUUUCAUCAUGUGAAACAACAAACAAUGCUUACCUCUGUAAUAUUAUGUUAUUUUAAUGAAUGCUAGUAUUGCUGGCAAAGCCUUUAUGUGAUAAUUGUCUCUGCAAACAAAAGAAGGGAAAACAUUAUCCCUUUUAAUGCAAAUAAUGGAAAACCAGCAAUCUUUAGACUGGGAUGGAUUUACAAUACACCGAUAAAUAAAUGACCUUAGUAACUGUUAA